AUGAAGUCACCAUUCUACAGCCAGGUCAUGGUGUGGUUACACGGAGGAGGUCUGGCGAUAGGUAGUGCGGACACCUACCCGGCUGAGAUCCCCACGUCACUCAAUAACGUCGUCAUGGUAACCAUAAACUACCGUCUGGGCAACCUGGGCUUCCUGCCGACCCGGGACGCCGAAACGGACGGCAACGUUGCGCUAAUGGACAUGGCUAAAGCCCUCCAGUGGGUUCAGGCAAACAUCCGGAACUUCGGAGGAGAUCCCGACAGAGUCACCAUCUUCGGCCAGUCCGGCGGAGCCUGGGGGGUCUCCCUGCUCGUCAUGUCCCCGGAGACACGAGGGCUGUACCGCCGGGCCAUCUCUCAGAGCGGCGUGGCCGGGCUCGGGGCCAGCCGCAGGGGAGACACCACAAAAACGGAGACCCUAGCCGCCUCGCUAAACUGCACCACAACCUCCUUCGAUGACAUGAUGAGCUGCCUACGAAGCAAACCAGCCCACGACGUGUUGGAACUUGAUGCUCCAGUCCCGAUAGUCGGAGGAUCUUUCUUACCAGACGCAGACGAUCUGUGGGACAUUAUGUACAAGAAGGAAGUUAACGAGGUAGACUACCUCCUUGGCACCACCGACGGCGAGUUCAGUUACGGGCUGUUGGGCACAGUUCCCGAAGUGACCGCGGACGGUCUGAACAGGACUGUGUUGUCGGCUAUUCUGCCGGCCCAACUCAACUUUGUCGCCGCACAAUUUCCUGACGGCGAUGUGGACAACAUCGUGCAGCCCGUGAUAGACCAGUACAUGAACCCCGACUCGGACGACCCGAUCUACACUCGUGACCGGUUUAUCCAGCUGAUGACCGACAACAGGUUCACCGCAACAACCGUACUCAUGGCGCAGGCUGUGGCAGCGCACGACACUGCCCGGGUCUAUCAGUACGAGUUCCAGCAUCACACCACGUCGGUUUCCCCGGAAAGACCUUCCUACGCGAAAGCGGACCACGGCGACGACCUGUUCUACAUGUUCGGCAUCCCGCUCCUGCGUGACGACACCGGCAACUCCUGGAAGUACAGCUUCACCCAGGAGGAGAGGGACCUGAGUCUGGACAUGAUGGCGUACUGGGUCAACUUCGCCGCUAACGGAGACCCCAGUGACUCCACCGGUGCAGCGCGCAUGCGUAACCUGGUGACCUGGCCACGGUUCAUGACGUCAUCCCAAUCCUACCUGAAGCUGGACGUGACGUCAUCUGCUGACGUCAAGCUGCGGGAGUCCAACAUGAAGUUUUGGAACGAGGAGGUGCCGAGGCUGAUGGGAAAGCAAGUUACCACCGGUGGCGCUGAGAAAUACACGUGGAGCUUUUUGCUUGUUGCCGGCGCCUUUUCAGCUGUAGUAAGUUUGCUACAGUAG